AUGGCAGCCCGGUGUUCCCCCAUCUCCAGCCUGGCCCUCCUGGUUCUGCUGAGCACAGUCAGGGCAGGCCCCUUUGCUCCUCGGACCAGGACCAACGGGACACGGUCGGCCCUCCGGCCCCCUCCUCAGCCAGGGGGCCUCGUGGUGGAGCCGGGAGGACGGAGCCCCUCUUCCCAGCUUUAUGAGCAUACCGUGGAAGGAGGGGAGAAGCAAGUGGUGUUCACCCACCGCAUCAACCUGCCGCCUUCAGCGGGCUGCGGCUGUCCCCCUGGCACCGAGCCCCCCGCGCCUGCCUCAGACGUGCAGGCCCUGAAGGUCCGACUGGAGAUGCUGGAGGAGCUGGUGCGGGGUCUCAAGGAGCAGUGCUCUGGGGGAUGCUGUCCUGCUACUGCCCAGGCGGGCACAGGUCAAACCGACAUCCGCAGCCUCUGCAGCCUCCAUGGCGUCUUCGACCUUAGCCGCUGCGCCUGCUCAUGCGAGCCAGGCUGGGGCGGCGCCACCUGCUCGGACCCCACGGAUGCCGAGGUGUCGCCCUCAUCCCCACCCUCAGACUCCUGCCCAGAUGACUGCAACGAUCAGGGGCGCUGCGUGGACGGCCGCUGCGUGUGUUUCCCCGGCUACGCGGGCCCCAGCUGCGGCUGGCCCUCCUGCCCCGGGGACUGCCAGGGCCGCGGGCGCUGCGUGCAGGGCGUGUGCGUGUGCCGGCCCGGAUUCUCCGGCGACGACUGCAGCCAGCGCGCCUGCCCCCGGGGCUGCAGCCAGAGGGGGCGCUGCGAGGACGGGCGCUGCGUGUGCGACCCGGGCUACAGUGGCGAGGACUGUCGAGUGCGGAGCUGUCCCCGCGGUUGCAGCCAGAGGGGACGCUGCGAGAACGGGCGCUGCGUGUGCAAUCCGGGCUACAGCGGCGAGGACUGCAGCGUGAGGAGCUGCCCCCGGGGCUGCAGCCAGAAGGGACGGUGCGAGGACGGACGCUGCGUCUGUGACCCGGGCUACACGGGCGAGGACUGCGGCACGCGCACCUGCCCGUGGGACUGCGGCGAGGGGGGGCGCUGCGUGGACGGCCGCUGCGUGUGCUGGCCGGGCUACGCGGGCGACGACUGCAGCGCGCGCACCUGCCCACAGGACUGCCACGGCCGCGGGCGCUGCGAGGACGGAGAAUGCAUCUGUGACGCGGGCUACAGCGGAGACGACUGCAGCGUGCGCAGCUGCCCCGGCGACUGCAACCAGCGCGGCCACUGCGAGGACGGCCGCUGCGUGUGCUGGCCGGGGUACACCGGGCCCGACUGCAGCGCGCGCGCCUGCCCGCGGGACUGUCGCGGUCGCGGGCGGUGCGAGAACGGCGUGUGCGUGUGCAACGCGGGCUACAGCGGCGAGGACUGCGGCGUGCGCAGCUGCCCCGGCGACUGUCGCGGCCGCGGGCGGUGCGAGAACGGCCGCUGCGUGUGCUGGCCCGGGUACACGGGCCGGGACUGCGGCACGCGCGCCUGCCCCGGGGACUGUCGCGGGCGCGGCCGCUGCGUGGACGGCCGCUGCGUGUGCAAUCCCGGCUUCGCCGGCGACGACUGCGGGAGCCGUCGGUGUCCCGGGGACUGUCGCGGGCGCGGCCGCUGCGACGAUGGCGUGUGCGUGUGCGACGCCGGCUACGAGGGCGAGGACUGCGGCAUGCGCAGCUGCCCCGCGGGCUGCCGAGGCCGCGGCCAAUGCCUGGACGGCCGCUGCGUGUGCGACGACGGCUACGAGGGCGAGGACUGCGGCGUGCAGCGGUGCCCCCGGGACUGCCACCAGCGCGGCGUGUGCCAGGACGGCGUGUGCGCCUGCUGGGAGGGCUACGCGGGCGAGGACUGCGGUGUCCGGACCUGCCCCUCCAACUGCCACGGGCGCGGCCGCUGUGUAGACGGGCGCUGCGUGUGUGAUCCAGGCUACACCGGUCCCGCCUGCGCCACCCGCACCUGCCCGUCCGACUGCCGGGGCCGCGGGCGCUGCGUGCAGGGAGUGUGCGUGUGCCAUGCGGGAUACAGCGGCGAGGACUGCGGCCAGGACGCGCCUCCGUCCAGCGCCUGCCCCGGGGGCUGCGGGCCCCGGGAGCUGUGCCGCAACGGCCAGUGUGUGUGCGUGGAGGGCUUCCGAGGCCCAGACUGCGCCAUCCAGACGUGCCCGGGAGACUGCCUGGGCCGCGGGGAGUGUCGCGAGGGCAGCUGCGUCUGCCGGGACGGCUACGCCGGGGAGGACUGCGGGGAAGAGAUACCAGCCAUUGACAGCAUGCGAUUGCAGCUGGUAGAAGAGACCACGGUUCGGACAGAGUGGACCCGGGGACCUGGCACCGUGGAUGCCUAUGAGAUUCAGUUCAUCCCCACGACGGAGGGCGUGAGUCCGCCCUUCACGGCACGGGUACCCAGCUCUGCCUCCGCCUAUGACCAGAGAGGACUGGCCCCGGGUCAGGAGUACCAGGUCAUCGUUCGUGCCCUUCGAGGGACCAGUUGGGGCCCUCCUGUCUCUAAGACCAUCACCACCAUGAUCGAUGGUCCCCAGGACCUCCGUGUGGUGGCUGUCACCCCAACCACUCUGGACCUUAGCUGGCUGCGCCCCCAGGCUGAGGUGGACAGGUUUGUGGUAUCCUACGUCAGUGCCGGGAACCAGAGGGUGCGUCUGGAAGUACCUUCUGAGGCCGAUGGGACGCAGCUGACAGGCCUGAUGCCCGGCGUGGAGUAUGUGGUGACUGUCACCGCGGAACGGGGCCCAGCCGUAAGCUACCCGUCUUCCGUCCGGGCCAACACAGGUUCCUCCCCCCUGGAUGUUUUGGAGACCACCGAUGAACCUCCUCCCUCGGGCCCCCCAACAACUCAAGGGGUCCGGGCCCCAGACUUGCAGCAGCGCCCCCAGGAACUGGGAGAGUUGAAGGUGUUGGGCAAAGACAAGACAGGCCACCUCCAUGUGGUGUGGACGGCUCAGUCUGACAUCUUCACCCACUUCCAGCUGAACUUGAGGGUGCCGGGGAGUCCAGAUGUGUAUGAAGAGCUGCUCCCGGGGGAUGUCCGCCAGGCUCUGAUACCCUCCCCUCGUCCUGGAGACGCCUAUGAGCUGACACUACGUGGGGUUCUCCCCAGUGGGGAACCCUCAGCCCCCCUCACCUACUACGGCAAUAUGGAUCCUAGUGAGGAGAAACCUGGGAGGCCCCAGGCCCCGCCACGCCUCGGCGAGCUGACAGUGAGCGAUGUGACGUCCGACUCCCUGCUCCUGCACUGGACGGUCCCCGAAGGCGAGUUCGACUCCUUCCUGAUCCAGUACAAAGACAGGAGCGGGCCCCAGCUGGUGCCCAUGAAGGGGUCUCAGCGCGAGACUCGCAUCACGAACCUAGACCUGGGCCGCAAGUACAAGUUCACCUUGUAUGGACUCGUGGGCAAGAAGAAGCAGGACUCCCUGGUAGCUGAAGUCAAGAUCGUGCCGCAGACUGAUUCCAGCCCAGCGACGCCCCCGCGCCUGGGUCAGCUGUGGGUGACAGACCCCAGCCCAGACUCCCUCCGCCUAUCCUGGACGGUUCCCGAGGGCCAGUUCGACUCCUUCCUGGUCCAGUACAAGGACAGGGCCGGGCGGCCUCAGGUGGUACCCGUGGAAGGGCCCGAGCGCUCGGUGAUCAUCUCCCCACUGGACCCGGACCACAAGUACAGAUUUAGUCUCUUCGGGAUCGCCAACAAGAAACGGCACGGCCCCCUCAUGGCUGAUGGCACCACGGCCCCAGAGACGGCGCCCCAACGCCCAGGGACCCUGGAGCGGCCCGUGCUGGGACAGCUGACCGUGGUAGAGACCACCCCGGACUCCGCGCGCCUGUACUGGACAGUGGCCAAAGGCCCCUUCGACUCCUUCCUGGUCCAGUAUAAGGACGCGCAGGGGCGGCUCCGGGAAGUACCUGUCAGGGGUGAUGAGAACGAGGUCACUAUCCCUGACCUGGAGGCCGGCCGGAAGUAUAAGAUGGACCUGUACGGGCUUCGUGGUGGACAGCGAAUGGGGCCCGUGUCUGUGGUUGCCGCCAUAGCCCCCCCGGAGACUGGGGUCAAGACUCCCAGCACCACAGAAGCCAGCAUGGAGCCCCCUGAGGAGCCCGUCCUGGGGGCGCUGACAGUGUCAGGAUCGUCCCCAGACUCGCUGAGCCUCUCCUGGACCGUCCCCCAGGGCCGCUUCGACACCUUCACCGUCCAGUACAAGGACAGGGACGGGCGGCCCCAGCUGGUGCGUGUCGGGGGCGAGGAGCGUGAGGUGACCGUGCAGGGCCUGGAGCCGGGCCGCAAGUACAAGAUGAACCUGUACGGGGUGCACGAGGGCCGGCGAGUGGGCCCCGUGUCCACCGUGGGCGUGACCGAAGAGAGUCCUCCAGCCACAGAGUCCCCCCUGGAGCCGCAACUGGGGGAGCUGAUCGUGACCGACGUGACCCCCAACUCUGUGGACCUUGCGUGGACGGUUGCUGAGGGUCAGUUCGACUCCUUCGUGGUCCAAUACAAGGACAAGGAUGGGCUGCCCCAGAUGGUUCCGGUGGCCCAGGACCAGCUCGAGGUCACUGUCCCUGGCCUGGAGCCUGGGCGCAAAUACAGGAUGAACUUGUACGGGCUGAGUGACGGGCAGCGCGUGGGCCCCCUCUCGGUGGUGGCCGUGACGGCUCCCCUCCCCCCAACAGCAGCUGCCGAAUCCCCCCAGCAGCCCCUCCUGGGGGAGCUGACAGUGACCAGCGUGACCCCAGACUCCGUGGGCCUCUCGUGGACGGUCCCCCAGGGCGAAUUCGACUCCUUCGUGGUGCAGUACAAGGACAGGGCCGGGCAGCUCCAGCUGGUGCCCGUGGAUGCAGACCAGCGCGAGGUCAUCGUCCCCGGCCUGGAGCCCGGCAAGAAAUACAAGUUCCUGCUCUUUGGCAUCCAGGAAGGGAAGCGAAGCAGCCCUGUCUCUGUGGAGGCCAAGACAGAGCCCCAGAGUGACGCCACAGGCAAGCCUCCCCGAAAACCACGCCUGGGGGAGGAACUGAAGGUGACCAGCGUGACGCCGGACACUGUGGGCCUCUCCUGGACAGUCCCUGAGGGCCAGUUCGACUCCUUCGUGGUCCAGUACAAGGACAGGAACGGACAGCCCCAGGCGGUGCCCGUGGAGGGUGACCUGCGGGAGGUGACCAUUCCUGGCCUGGACCCUGCCCGUCGCUACAAGAUGCUUCUCUACGGGCUGUACCAGGGCAAACGUGUGGGACCCCUGUCCACCACCGUAGUGACCGCAGAAACCGAAGCUGAGCCCUUGACCCAGAGCCCAGCAGCACCCGAGCCCCAGCUGGGGGAACUGACCGUGGAGGAGGUCACUCCACACUCCGUGCACCUCUCCUGGACCGAGGCCGAGGGCCCAUUUGACUCCUACGUGGUCCAGUACACAGACCAGGAUGGGCAGCAGCGAACGAUCCAUGUGGAGGGUGACCGCAGGGACCUCCUUGUCCCCCACCUGGAGCCGGACCACAGAUACCUGAUGGAGCUGUAUGGGAUCCAGGGCCGGAAGCACGUGGGUCCUGCCCAGGUGGAGGCCCUGACAGCCCCCCGGGAGGAGGAGCCCUCAGAGCCAGGACCACCCACUGCCAUCGCUGAGCCGCCCAGCAAGCCUCGCCUGGGGGAGCUGAUGGUCACCGACGCCACCCCAGAGUCCCUGAGCCUCUCCUGGACCGUCCCCGAGGGCCGCUUUGACCACUUCCUGGUCCAGUACAAGAACGGGGAUGGGCAGCCCAAGGCACUGAGGGUGCCGGGCCACCAGAACAGGGUCACCAUCUCGGGCCUGGAGCCAGACCACAAGUACAAGAUGAACCUGUUUGGCUUCCACAGCGGCCAGCGGGUGGGCCCUGUGUCUGCCAUCGGGGCCACAGAGGAAGAGAACCCCACAGAGACGGAAAGCACCCCCAGCCCCGCAGAAGCUAUCAAGGAGCCCCCUGAGGAGCCCGUCCUGGGGGCGCUGACAGUGACAGGAUCAUCCCCAGACUCGCUGAGACUCUCCUGGACCGUCCCCCAGGGCCGCUUCAACACCUUCACCGUCCAGUACAAGGACAGGGACGGGCGGCCCCAGCUGGUGCGUGUCGGGGGCGAGGAGCGUGAGGUGACCGUGCAGGGCCUGGAGCCAGGCCGCAAGUACAAGAUGAACCUGUACGGGGUGCACGAGGGCCGGCGAGUGGGCCCCGUGUCCACCGUGGGCGUGACCGCAGAAACCGAAGCUGAGCCCUUGACCCAGAGCCCAGCAGCACCCGAGCCCCAGCUGGGGGAACUGACCGUGGAGGAGGUCACUCCACACUCCGUGCACCUCUCCUGGACCGAGGCCGAGGGCCCAUUUGACUCCUACGUGGUCCAGUACACAGACCAGGAUGGGCAGCAGCGAACGAUCCAUGUGGAGGGUGACCGCAGGGACCUCCUUGUCCCCCACCUGGAGCCGGACCACAGAUACCUGAUGGAGCUGUAUGGGAUCCAGGGCCGGAAGCACGUGGGUCCUGCCCAGGUGGAGGCCCUGACAGCCCCCCGGGAGGAGGAGCCCUCAGAGCCAGGACCACCCACUGCCAUCGCUGAGCCACCCAGCAAGCCUCGCCUGGGGGAGCUGAUGGUCACCGACGCCACCCCAGAGUCCCUGAGCCUCUCCUGGACCGUCCCCGAGGGCCGCUUUGACCACUUCCUGGUCCAGUACAAGAACGGGGAUGGGCAGCCCAAGGCACUGAGGGUGCCGGGCCACCAGAACAGGGUUACCAUCUCGGGCCUGGAGCCGGACCACAAGUACAAGAUGAACCUGUUUGGCUUCCACAGCGGCCAGCGGGUGGGUCCUGUGUCUGCCAUCGGGGCCACAGUUUCAGAGGAAGAGCCCCCCACAGAGACGGAAAGCACCCCCAGCCCCGAAGAAGCUAUCAAGGAGCCCCCUGAGGAGCCCGUCCUGGGGGCGCUGACAGUGAUAGGAUCAUCCCCAGACUCGCUGAGCCUCUCCUGGACCAUCCCCCAGGGCCGCUUCGACACCUUCACCGUCCAGUAUAAGGACAGGGACGGGCGGCCCCAGCUGGUGCGUGUCGGGGGCGAGGAGCGUGAGGUGACCGUGCAGGGUCUGGAGCCGGGCCGCAAGUACAAGAUGAACCUGUACGGGGUGCAUGAGGGCCGGCGAAUGGGCCCCAUGUCCACCGUGGGUGUGACCGCCUCUGAAGAGGACUCUGACUCUCUGAAGCCUCGCCUGGGGGAGGUGACAGUCACGGACGCCACCCCCGAGUCUCUGAGCCUCGCCUGGACCGUGCCCGAGGGCCGCUUUGACCACUUCUUGGUUCAAUACAAGAACGGGGACGGGCAGCCCAAGGUGGUGCGGGUGCCGGGUGACCAGGACAAGGUCACCAUCUCGGGCCUGGAGCCAGACCACAAGUACAAGAUGAACCUUUACGGUUUCCAUGGUGACCAGCGAGAGGGCCCCAUCUCCACUGUUGGUUCCACAACUCCAGACCAUGAAGUGAAGACGACCACAGCCGCAACCACCACCCCGCCGCCCAGCAAGCCUCGCCUGGGGGAGCUGACGGUCACUGACGCCACCCCAGAGUCCCUGAGCCUCUCCUGGACCGUCCCUGAGGGUGACUUUGACCACUUCCUGGUCCAGUACAAGAACGGGGACGGGCAGCCCAAGGCACUGAGGGUGCCAGGCCACCAGAACAGGGUCACCAUCUCGGGCCUGGAGCCAGACCACAAGUACAAGAUGAACCUGUUUGGCUUCCACAGCGGCCAGCGGGUGGGCCCUGUGUCUGUCAUCGGGGCCACAAUUUCAGAGGAAGAGACCCCCACAGAGACGGAAAGCACCCCCAGCCCCGCAGAAGUCAACACGGAGGCCCCUGAGGAGCCCGUCCUGGGGGCGCUGACAGUGUCAGGAUCGUCCCCAGACUCUCUGAGCCUCUCCUGGACUGUCCCCCAGGGCCGCUUUGACACCUUCACCGUCCAGUACAAGGACAGGGACGGGCGGCCCCAGCUGGUGCGUGUCGGGGGCGAGGAGCGUGAGGUGACCGUGCAGGGCCUGGAGCCGGGCCGCAAGUACAAGAUGAACCUGUACGGGGUGCACGAGGGCCGGCGAGUGGGCCCCGUGUCCACCGUGGGCAUGACCGACUCUCAGAAGACCCCCGCCCCCACAGAAACCAGCACAGAGCCACCAGAGGUUCCUGAGGAGCCCGUCCUGGGGACGCUGACAGUGACAGGAUCAUCUCCAGACUCGUUGAGCCUCUCCUGGACCGUCCCCCAGGGCCGCUUCGACACCUUCAUCAUCCAGUACAAGGACACGGACGGGCGGCCCCAGGUGGUGCGUGUCGGGGGCGAGGAGCGUGAGGUGACCGUGCAGGGCCUGGAGCCGGGCCGCAAAUACAAGAUGAACCUGUACGGGGUGCACGAGGGCCGGCGAGUGGGCCCCGUGUCCACCGUGGGCGUGACCGCUCCAGACCAUGAAGUGAAGACGACCACAGCCGCAACCACCACCCCGCCGCCCAGCAAGCCUCGCCUGGGGGAGCUGACGGUCACUGACGCCACCCCAGAGUCCCUGAGCCUCUCCUGGACCGUCCCUGAGGGUGACUUUGACCACUUCCUGGUCCAGUACAAGAACGGGGACGGGCAGCCCAAGGCACUGAGGGUGCCAGGCCACCAGAACAGGGUCACCAUCUCGGGCCUGGAGCCAGACCACAAAUACAAGAUGAACCUGUUUGGCUUCCACAGCGGCCAGCGGGUGGGUCCUGUGUCUGCCAUCGGGGCCACAAUUUCAGAGGAAGAGACCCCCACAGAGACGGAAAGCACCCCCAGCCCCGCAGAAGUCAGCACGGAGCCCCCUGAGGAGCCCGUCCUGGGGGCGCUGACAGUGACAGGAUCGUCCCCAGACUCGCUGAGCCUCUCCUGGACCGUCCCUCAGGGCCACUUCGACACCUUCACCGUCCAGUACAAGGACAGGGACGGGCGGCCCCAGCUGGUGCGUGUCGGGGGCGAGGAGCGUGAGGUGACCGUGCAGGGCCUGGAGCCGGGCCGCAAGUACAAGAUGAACCUGUACGGGGUGCACGAGGGCCGGCGAGUGGGCCCCAUGUCCACUGUGGGCGUGACUGCGCCCCUGCCCACCGAGCCUCCCGUGACCCCGCGCCUGGGGGAGCUGGCUGUGGCAGCUGUGACCUCAGACACAGUGCGUCUGUCCUGGACGGUGGCCCAGGACCCCUUCGACUCCUUCCUGGUGCAGUACAGGGGGGCGCAGGGGCAGCUGCAGACCCUGCCCGUGCGCGGGGACCUCCGCGAGCUCACCGUCUCCGGUCUGGACCCGGCCCGCAAGUACAAGUUCCUCCUCUUCGGGCUCCAGGAUGAGAGAAAGCAUGGCCCGGUGUCUGCAGAGGCCAAGACCCUUCCCGCCAGGAAACCUUCACCUGUCCUGGGGGAGCUGACAGUGACCAGCGUGACCCCAGACUCCGUGGGCCUCUCGUGGACGGUCCCCCAGGGCGAAUUCGACUCCUUUGUGGUGCAGUACAAGGACAGGGCCGGGCAGCCCCAGCUGGUGCCCGUGGCUGCAGACCAGCGCGAGGUCAUCGUUCCCGGCCUGGAGCCCGGCAAGAAAUACAAGUUCCUGCUCUACGGGCAGGCGGGCAGGAAGCGGCUAGGCCCUGUCUCUGCUGAGGGCACCACGGCUGCCCUGGAGGAACCCCCGCCUCCACCCCGCCUCGGGGAGCUGACGGUGAGCGGCGAGACCCCAGACUCCGUGCUCCUCUCCUGGACAGUUCCCCAGGGCCCUUUCGACUCCUUCCUGGUCCAGUUCCCUGACGCAAGUGGGCGCCCCCGGACGGUGCCCGCAGCCGCAGACCAGCGGGAAAUCACCAUCGCGGGCCUGGAGCCUGGCAGGAGAUACACGUUUAUGCUAUACGGGCUCCUCGGGGGACAGCACCUGGGCCCCAUCUCCGCCCAGGGAGUGACCGCCCCGAGAGAAGCCAGGCCAGAGACUCCUGAGCCCGCGGAAGGACCCCGGCUCGGGGAGCUAGUGGUGGGCGACGUGGCCCCGCACUCGCUGCGCCUCUCCUGGACCGUGGCCCAGGGCCCCUUUGACUCCUUCGUGGUCCAGUACCCGGGAGCCAACGGGAAGCCGCAGGCCUUGCUCGUAGCCGGCAACCAGAACAAGGUGCUGGUGUCGAACCUGGAGCCCAGCACGUCCUACAGGUUCCUGCUCUACGGCCUGCGCGACGGGAAGCGCCUGGGGCCCAUCUCUGCGGAGGGCACCACGGGGCCAGCGCCACCGGGCCAGACCCCAGAGGAGCUGGGCCCACGCCUGUCCCAGCUCUCCGUGACCGAUGUCACCACCAGCUCCUUGCGGCUCAACUGGGAGGCCCCACCUGGGGCUUUUGACUCCUUCCUGCUCCGCUACGGGGUGCCGGCGUCGAGCCCCCUGGACCCGUACCCUCGCCCCCUGCUGCAGCGGGAGCUGAAGGUGGGCGGCGGGCAGCGCUCAGCCGUGCUGCGCGACCUGAACCCCGGGACCCUGUACAGCGUCACUCUGUACGGGCUGCGCGGGCCCCACAAGGCCGACAGCGUCCAGGGCACUGCCCGGACCCUCAGUCCAGUUCUGGAGAGUCCCCGUGACCUGCAGGUCAGCGAAAUCAGGGAGACCUCCGCCAACGUCAGCUGGACACCGCCACUGUCCCAAGUGGACAGCUUCAAAGUUUCCUACCAGCUGGCAGAUGGAGGGGAGCCACAGAGCAUACAGGUGGAUGGCAGGACCCAGAGCCAGGUGCUGCAGGGGCUGACCCCGGGGGCCACCUACCAGGUGACUGUGGUCUCUGUCCGUGGCUUUGAGGAGAGUGAGCCUCUCACUGGCACCUUCAACACGGUUUCCGACGGCCCUACCAAUCUCCACGUGGUGAACCUGACGGACGAUUCUGCCAUUCUGGUUUGGAACAAGCCCAGCACCCCCGUGGACAAGUUUGACGUCCAGGUCACAGCCUCAGAGAACGAGGACAGCCAAGUGCCCACGCUGAAGGACUCGGCACCGGGCAGCGCUGCCAACUACUCGCUGAGUGGCCUGGAGCGUCACACCAACUACACGGCCACCGUGUGGGGCCUGCGCGGGGACAACAUCACCUCCCCAGCCAGCGUCAACUUCACCACAGGGUUGGAGGCCGCCCGGGAUUUGAAGGCCAAGGAAGUGACCCCCCGCACGGCCCUGCUCACGUGGGCCGAGCCCCAGGACCCACCCACCGGCUACCUGCUCAGCUUUGACACCCCUGGUGGAGAAACCCAGGAGAUCCUGCUUCCGGGAAGCGUCACGUCCUACCAGCUGCAGGGGCUCUUUCCCUCCACCCUCUACAACGCCUGGCUCCGGGCCGUGUGGGGCGAGAGCUUCACGCCCCCCGUGACCACCUCCUUCACCACCGGCGGCCUGCGUGUCCCCUUCCCCCGGGACUGCGGGGAAGAGAUGCAGAACGGGCCCGGCGCCUCCCGAGCCACCACCAUCUUCCUCAACGGCAACCGCGAGCGCCCCCUGAACGUGUUUUGUGACAUGGAGACGGACGGGGGUGGCUGGCUGGUGUUCCAGCGCCGCAUGGACGGAAAGACAGACUUCUGGCGGGACUGGGAGGAGUACGCCCACGGCUUCGGGAACGUCUCCAGGGAGUUCUGGCUGGGCAAUGAGGCCCUGCACAGCCUGACAAAAGCCGGCGACUACUCGCUGCGCGUGGACCUGCGGGCUGGGGACGAGGCCGUGUUCGCCCAGUACGACUCCUUCCGCGUGGACUCGGCCGCCCAGUACUACCGCCUCCACGUGGAGGGCUACCACGGCACUGCAGGGGACUCCCUGAGCUACCACAGCGGCAGCGUCUUUUCCGCCCGGGACCGAGACCCCAAUAACUUGCUCAUCUCCUGCGCCGUGUCUUACCGCGGGGCCUGGUGGUACCGGAACUGCCACUACGCCAACCUCAACGGGCUCUACGGGAGCACAGUGGACCAUCAGGGAGUGAGCUGGUACUACUGGAAGGGCUUCGAGUUCUCGGUGCCCUUCACGGAAAUGAAGCUGAGGCCGAGAAACUACCAGCCCCCGGCGCAGGGAGACUGACCCCGGGGCGUGACCGCCGCCAAGCACUGAGGGAGGGUCGCGCCCACACAAGAGCCGGCGCACCCUCACCUGCGAUCUCACAGCACUGUGUUUACAGGGGGGAGGGGAGGGGUUGUACGGGAGCAAUAAAAGGAG